CAAGAAAGUCCGUAGCCGUUUUGACUCAAGCAUUGCGGCUCAGGCCGUUGUAUUGCAAUCCGCAUACAUCACCACCUAGUGUAUAUCAUACACACAGGCAAUAUCCUCUUGCGCCGUUCUGUAGGAUGGCAAGUCCAGAAGGCACGCCUGACCUUGCGCUGGGUGGCGCCGCUUCCCUGCAGCCUGUCCGCCGCGACCCAUCAGCCUGGGAGCAGAGCGUGCGAGGAUUACGCUGGGGAGUACCAGGUUAUGUACGAUGGGCAUCUGGCGCACGGGAAAAUGCUCAUUUAUUGCGACUGCACCGUGACCUCGGAUGGAGAUUUCAGGUUCACUGAUAGCCUUCAUUUUACUGAUGUAUCGCCCCAGUGCCGCAAUGACGGCUCGUCUUUCUACAUCCUGCCUGAGCCCGGCUGGUACCAGUGUUUGCAUGUGAGUGGCACUACGAUCUCAGGCAAUCUUUACUCCAGUGAGGACGAUAUGACUAUCGAGUACCCGCUGGUGCGCCGCGACAAAUGCCCAUGCAACGAGUUGUGUUCCAUCUGCGGGCAGGGCCAAACUUGCGCGGAAGCCAUCAAGUGUCAGAUGGACAAGUUGACGAGUGGCUUCGGCUCGAACAACCCUGGCGAUGAUGGAGCCCUCGAGGAUGCCUGCAACGUGGGUAUCGCCGCAGUCAAGGAUGAAUGCUCGGCGUGCGACAACUGCACCGAGUGCUCCGUCGCGCGGCUGUUGGACGACGCGCGCAGGGACAGCCGCGCAGCGGCGCAGGCGGGCACCCUCGCGGCGGCCUCCGCCGUGGCGAUCCCGCUGUGCCUCCUCGCGGCAGCCUCGGGCGCGGCCGCCGCGCUCGCGGGGCUCCACCGGCGCGCACGCGCGGCGCCGCUGGCCGUGCCGACGGAGCUUGGCGCGCUGUCCGAGACCGAGGGCCAGUUGAGCUGAUUGGCAGCGGCGGCUGUCUCCAAGGUCAGAUACCGUUUCAGCCAUACAGUCGGCAUCCAUAACAUGGGCGCAAGGUGAUGAUGCAAGACCCUUGGACGUCCCACUUGCCAUUCAGAGCCUCGUGUGCGUUGGAGCAGAUUGCAGGGGUGCGGUGAUCAGUAUGGUGCGCAAAUCCAAGCAGGCUGGCCACAAAGUUACCCGAACGAAUGGGUUUGGUUUGCCUGUGGAUCCCAUCGCGCGCUACCGCGCGGCUGUGCGUUCGACCCACGACGAUCUCACAGCGGCAAUGCAUUUGAACAGUUUUUGCCCAUUGUAGGUCGAAGCCAAUGGCGGAAGACCGACGGGCUCCUCCUCCGUCUCCCCCAGGG